AUGUUGUGGUCUCAGAUUGCAGCUCGAUUGCCUGGUCGGACCGACAACGAGAUCAAGAAUUUUUGGAACUCAACAAUAAAGAAAAGGCUUAAGAAGAUGUCUGAUACAUCCAAUCUCAUCAACAACUCAUCCUCAUCACCCAACGCAAGUGACUCAUCUUCUAAUUCCUCCUCUUCUAUGGAGCUUAAAGACAUUAUAGGAAGCUUCAUGUCCUUGCAAGAACAAGGAUUCGUCAACCCCUCUUUGACCAACAUACCAACCAACAACAAUCCAUUCCCAGCGCCACACAUGAUCAGCCACCCAUGUAAUGACGAUUUUACCCCUUAUGCAGAUGGUUUCUAUGGAGUAAACACAGGGAUACAAGGGGAACUAUACUUCCCGCCUCUGGAAUGUGAACAAGGUGACUGGUACAAGGCAGAUAUUAACAGCAACUUAGACGACAUGAACACUAAUGGAGCUGGAAACGUACCUGAGAGUAUGAGAAUGGAAGAAUAUUGGGACAUUGACCAGUUGAUGAACACCGAGGUUCCUUCGUUUUACUUCAACUUCAAACAAAACCUAUGAGUUUUUACGUCAUCUUAUUCUUUUUCUGUUGCGGAACUACACUCAAGAUUUUUAGCCACACAUAAAUGCAAAUAUAAAUAUACACAUUGUUAUAGUGUAAAAGGAUAGAUGAAAAGUUAGAGAGUGUUUUGUAUUUCGAAUAAUCUUUUCGUACUAGGGCUUGACGUGCCGUAUCUAAUGAUGAGUCAAUGUAAAAAUACACAUAUCUCUUAAUAAAAGAAGAAAUAAACAAAUACAAGAUUGAGAUUCUAAAAA